AUGGUAAAACUAACCGAGACAACUGUGUAUAUUCGAACCAAGACAUCGGUGGAAAACGUCAAAAAAUUGAAUUUAUGGUGAGGAUUUAUAGAAAUUUUGAGUUUAGUCCAUUCAUUACCGCUUGUACAGCUUUACUCACGGAAAACCGAAUUUCCAUUCGUUUUCGAUGGAAAAAAUGGUUACAGUUCAACUGAAUCUACAAAAAUCUUUUCAAAGUUAGAUUAUAAGAUUCAGGAGAUAGUUUUCUUUAAACCUUGUGAAUGAACUAAUGUAAAAAUUCUAAUCUCAAAAAAACUUUUCAGGGGUUGUAACAUCGACGAUAUCGCAGUUUGCGAGAAAAUGACGUCGUUGGAAGUUCUAUCGUUGAGGUAAAUAUUUUCAACGUCUCAAAAGAAUUUCAAGUUAUAGUCUGUGUGCCAAGAGUUGAAAUUUUGCCGAACGACAUUCCGCUGUUCCGCUGCGUGUGUUCGCAAAGCUCUUUCGAAUCUAGGUCACGCUUCCAAUUGAUUGUUAUCGCUGUGGGGCCAAAUGAAAGUAGAGUACCUUAAUAAAAGAAAACAAAAACAAUUAAAAGCGCGACCGAGGUUCGCAAAGGCGCGCAGCGGUACAGCGGAAUGUCGUUUGGUGAAAUUCAAGGUCUUGGUACACAGGCUAUACUGUAUUAAUUUUUUCACGAUACAGUUUUCCUCCGAGUUAUUGGUUCAAAUUCCCAUGUAAAAAUUGACUAUAGUCCGUUCUUCCCGACUUGAAAGGGCGUGACUUCUCUGCGCCCUCCUUGUCUCUCGACGUCCCUCUCACUUUUACGUGCUAUUUCCAUUUUUCUCUGACUUUGCCGGUGAGAUAAAAGAGAGACACAGACACGUGAAAACUGUCAAGUCGCGGCAGACUUUGCUUUUAUUUUUUCGAGACCAUUUUUCUCAAACAAUGUCUGAAAAUUCAAGUUUUGGCUCAAAAUAACAAUGACUAAUAUUCUUCGGAAUAUGAAAAAUCAAUAAAUUGCAGCGUGAACAACGUCGAGUCACUGGAACCCCUGAAAAACUGCAAAAAACUGAAAGAACUGUACCUUCGAAAGAACAAGAUCGAGUCCCUCGAAGAGCUCCAUCAUUUAAAGGUAACUGAUUCGAAAUACCGUAAUCCCUACCGUAACCAUUAAGGGCCUCACGAAUCUCCGAACCCUCUGGAUCGACGACAAUCCCUGCACGCAGAAUGAAGAUUAUCGCUGCAAAGUUGUUCAACUGCUCCCCCAAUUAACCAAACUUGACGAUAAAGGUAAUUAAAAUUUUACUGUCGGUUACUGUAGCUACGAAUCACAGUAAUCACGACUGCGGACCAGGUCGAGAACCUCGACGAAUCGGUCCCAGAAUGCGACAUGGUGGCGUCUUUCCACAGUGUCCGGAGCUCCAGGAGAUCCAGUUCUCAUUCCAAUUCGAAUGAUCUGAUGACAAGAUCGCUCUAUCGAGAACCUUUAAUGGGUAGGUGAAGAUUUUUUUCGUGGACCUCUUCGCCUUAGGAACUCCGGAGCGGUCCCUAUAGGGGCACCAUUUAGGGACCACCUUAAUGGCCCCUAGGGGGUCGCUAAAAGCUUGCAAAAGGGGUGCCUAUAGGGGUUUUUAGUUAGUGGCCACUAUAGGGGACAUGCUAGACGAUUUUUUUGAUGAAAUCUCGCCGAAAAAGCAUUUUCAUGCGAAAAACUAAAUAAGUAAAUGUUUUUGAAUGACCCCUAUAGGGUCAACUUGAGCUUUAAGGGCUGAGAAAAAAGACCCUAAAUCCCUGUAGGGGCCACUUCAUAUUCGCCCCUAUAGAGACCACUUGAGCUUUAGAGAUUAAGGGGUCAGACCUUGAACCCCUGUAAGCAUCAUCUUGAUUUUACUCCUAUAGGGACCACUUUUUCGGCCCCUUGUUUCCCCCUAACCCCUAUAGGGACCCCUCGGAAAAUCCUAAAGUGGUAAGAAUCAAAAAAUAGCCCCAAAAAGGCUCUCAAACCGAAACUUUUUCGGAUGAUUACCAUGAGGAACUUUCAUUCAGAGGAUUUUUGGGCCGGUUUCCAGUAAAGUAAAAUUACCUUGCAGGGAAUUUGGAGGACCGCCAUUCUUUACGAGCUAUUCUGUCACAUACCCGAAGAGUUCAAAGAUAUUUCCAGCCCUUUUUCAGGCCGAAGCGUCGUCGAGACCGUGGUCCAGCCGCAGUUACCGCAUUUCGGCGACACCUCGGACGAAGAUCGGCCAACGACGCCGGUGGCGAUGUCGCUGGAGAUGUCGCCGUCGAUUCUGCUCUCCAAUCCGCGACACAACAUCAUGAGCCAGUCCGUCUACGGCGCCUUGGCUGAAGAGCCCCUAGGAGCCGAUGAUGAAUGGACGACUGACUUCAGGUCGGUUUUUUAAGACACCUUUUGACAAUUCAUAGCUCGCUUGGGACACUAAGAAGGCGUGUCGUGUCUGCGCUCUCUACCAACCAAGCACUAUCUCUUCUCUUAUCGUGUCAGGACCCUUUUUUCGAUGGCUCAAGCCAGCCGUGAAUCAGCUAUAGUUAAAGAGCCCAAAUUGGAAGUUGAUUAAAGUUCAAAAACUAUGAAAAUUAGAAGCCAUUUUUGAAAAUCAGCCUAAGAAACUAACGACAUAUGAAGUUGAAAACUAUCGAUUGAAACUCACUUGUCGUUCAAAUUCUGUGUUUUUUUGUGUCUAUAACGUUCAAAAACUGGAAUAAAAUCAAUAGCUCAACUGUUCACAAAAAAACGCAGAAAAAGAAUAUUCCAAAAACUCGGGAAAACCAUCUUUUUUUAAGCUUAAAAGUUGCCCCCCACCUCAUUUGUGGUGAGAAAAAAGCUUCAAAAAUGGGUGAUAAUAUAAAAAAAUCGACGGAAAAAAAUUAACCAUUUGUUGUUUGAACAUAGAUGGGCAAGUGCAGAGCUUAUUCAGCCCGAGAGAAAGGGUUCGCUUACAAAAAUUUGGGAGAAUUUGGAAUGAAAUCGAGUUUCAACCUAACUAGUCAGUAAGGGAGGAAGAUUUGGCCAUAACAAUACACGUUUUGGCCUCAGGUAGGUAGUUUUAAGUGUUAUGAAAAUUGGAAGGAGGGUCGUCUGUUCAUUAAUGUGUUUGAAACUUGAAAUUUUCAACAAAAUUACUGAAGUCUCCAUUCGCAGUGGGACUUCUGAAUGAGACUAGGUUCCCUAGAUGUAGUUUUUAACGCUGAUUUCAAAUCUGUUCUCAAAAACUGCCCUCAAGGCCUGUGAAAAAAGUUAGGGCCCUCAAAAGUCGACAAUUUCAGUAUCUCUGAUUGAGCGUCCUUGCCUCCCUUGUCAUGAAAAACCACGAAAAAUACUCAGAAACCAUCCAUUUCCAGUGUUGAAGACGACUACCGGCCAGCCUCAAUGGACGGAAUCGCCAACCGGAUGUACACGAGUAUGCAUGAAAGCCUGAUGGUGACACCGGAAAGAAGGCCUCAGGUGGGUAGAUUUGAUUUGAUUCAAAACACCCUUCUGGGGUCUUCAAAGGCACAUCGAAGAUCCUGAAAACUUACAAGAACCGAGAAUAUUGAAACUAGAAAAAGGUAAUUUCAGAACUACGGGAGAAGUAUCAGCAUGCCGAGGAGACGGACAUCAAGGCAAAACUCGGGAAGUCCAGCCAGAGUAAGAUUCUAUUUUUUACUGGAAAAAGUUUUAGCGGCCAUUAUAGAUAUUGACGUUUUAGUGGCCACUACAGUAGGAAAAUUAGUGGCCACUAUAGAGGUCUAAGUGCUACUACUAAAGCACUAAAAAUUUCAGUGGCCACUUUAGGGGUCAAUGGAUCAACAUAAAUGGUCCAAUCUGUUUGUUUUUUUAAUUAUCAGAGUUGCUGGAAGGAAUACUGGAUGAAAAGCUACUGAAGUGGCCACUAAAAAGGACGCUUUUUCCAAUUCCGUGCUUAAAAAUCGUCAACCUAGUUUCAUUCAACAAGCAUAGCUUCGUUAAAAAAUGAAUCUCUAAAUAUGAAUUUUUUUUGGAAUCAUAACUUUUGGAGAGUUCUCAAAAGCCUAUAAAAGUUUAUUUAUUAAUUUCUCUACCUCGAAAUCUGGAUCAGAUAAAAAUUUAAUCUUUCAUCAAACAUCCCAAAAAUCAAAAAAACUUAAAUCUAGAUCAUUCUUGAAAAAAAUUCGAUUUUUCCAGGACAUGCGGCAAAACAAGAUCACUUCGGCGGUGUCAGUUCUACUGGAUGAGCUCGACCAGGAAGGCCUGAGGCAGGUCGUCGAAGAAGCUCAGCGAAGGAUGAAAAAACAACGAUAA